GCCGCGUGCGUCCGCGAGCUUAUAAAGCAGCCCGCGCGGCCGUGCGCGGUGUUGUCUUCGAGAGCCCGCUCCAGCCCCGCAGCCAUGCACCGACCCGCCGCCCUGCUGUGCCUGGCCGUCCUGGUCGCCCUGGCGGCCACGGCGCUGUGCUACCCCCGGCCAGCACCGGUCGUGACCCCGGAGCAGUACGAAAAGAGUUUGAAAAUGCUGCGCAACGUGUGCCAGCCCAAGACCGGAAUACCAGCAGACAUGCUGGAACGCAUGAAAGGCGGAGAGUUUGUGCAGGACGAGAAGGCUUACUGCUACACGGCUUGCUUCCUUCAGACGAUGAUGGUGCUGAAGAACAACAAGGUGGACUCCAAGAUGUUCAAGAUGCAGGUGAAGAAGAUGAUGCUGCCUGACGCCGCUGCCAGGGUCAUCAACGCCUUCACUGAGUGCGAAGGAACACCCGCUGGCGCCGAACCAUGCGAAACUACAGGCCUCUUUAUUAAUUGCGUCAAGAAAGUUGACCCGACCUUCAACGUGCCCGCCUGAGCAGCAAGAGUCGCAAAAUCAACGAUGCUGCACACACCGGAUAUGUUACUCGUCCCCCGAGAUAAAAACACGCCUGCAUUUUUGUAUCCCCAGUUUUUAAUUAAAGCAUCAAUUUGCUAUAAGACAAUAAAAACGACUGCGCCUAAAAACGACAAA